AUGUCGGAAUUCGACGAAAAACGGGACCCAUCGUUCGAUACGACGGAUGAGGACGAUAGGGAGUUGGUAGCGCUGGGCUACAAGCCCUCGUUCAAGCGGGAGUUCUCCAACCUGGCUACGAUCAGCUUCGCGUUCAGUAUCAUGGGACUGUGCUCAAGUAUAUCGACGACGUUCAACACCCCUCUCCUGCUCGGUGGCCCCGCCUCGGUCGUGUGGUGUUGGAUUCUCGGGGCGUCCAUGUGCUUCACUCUUGGUGCUAGUAUUGCGGAGAUUGUCAGUGCGUACCCGACUUGCGGUGGUCUAUACACAGCCUCCGCUGAGCUCGUACCCAAGAAACAUAGGGCUAGGGUUGGUUGGUUAGUAGGAUGGCUGAACAUCCUAGGCCAAAUCGCUGGUAUCUCGUCGACAGAGUUCGGUCUGUCGAAUAUGAUCCUCGCUGCGGUCAGCAUUGGGAGAGAUGGCGACUUCGAAAUUACGGCAGGCAAGGUCGUGGGUCUCUUCGCUGGCCUCCUCGUCCUGCAUGGUCUCCUCAACUCGCUCGCGACACGCCAUCUCGCCUUCCUCACAAAGGGCUUUGUUUUUGUCAACCUUGGGACGACGUUCAUCAUCAUUAUCGUUCUGCUCGCGAAGACACCUCGUGCAGAGAUGCAUGCAGCUGACUACGUCUUUGGUACCGCGGGUAUCGUGAACCAGACAGGAGGAUGGAACACUGGACUAGCGUUUUUGUUUGGUCUGCUUUCUGUCCAAUGGACGAUGACGGAUUAUGAUGCAACAGCUCACAUCUCUGAAGAAGUUCGUCGCGCCGCAUACGCUGCUCCUUCCGCCAUUUUUAUUGCUGUUGUCGGCACUGGCUUGAUCGGUUGGCUUCUCAACAUCAUCCUGGUUCUUUGCUCUGGUCCUCUGGAAAAUCUGCCUGGCGCGUCUGGCUCUGCCGUUCUCGAAAUCCUGACGAUGCGUGCUGGUAAAGCCGGGGCUCUCGUCAUCUGGGUCUUCGUUUGCCUGACCGCCUUCUUCGUUGUGCAAACUGCCCUUCAUGCCGCCUCGAGAACCAUCUACGCGUUCAGCCGCGACCAUGCUCUACCCGACUAUGGCUUCUUUGGAAAGAACUCAACCAAAACCCACACCCCUCUCCGUGCCAUCUGGCUCACAACCCUGGUGUCGAUCCUGCCGGGCCUGCUCGAUCUCGCGAGCCCCGUCGCUGCCAAUGCCAUCUUCUCCCUGACUGCGAUGGCACUCGACCUGAGCUACGUCAUCCCGAUUUUCUGCCGCCGGGUGUUCCAUAGCCACCCUGAGGUGAUGUUCAAGCCUGGUCCUUUCUUCAUGGGCACCGGAUGGCUGGGUUUAGCCUGCAAUGUUAUUUGCAUCGCCUGGACGCUGUUCAUUUGUGUGGUGUUCUCGAUCCCAACGAUCCUUCCCGUUACACCGGAUAAUAUGAACUAUGCUUCGGUCAUCACUGCUGGUGUUAUCAUUCUUGCUUACAUCUGGUACUUCAGUUCUGCCCGCAAGCACUACAUUGGCCCGCAGUCUAACCUCAACGACGAUUCGGUGAUCACGGUUACCCAAACUGUUCAGCCCUCCAAGGACAAAAAGACAGUAGCAUGA